GGCACCGCCGCCCGCGCGCGGCUCCGCCUCCCGCCGCGGCCGCUGGCGCUGGGAGGCCCCACAGACGCCAUUUCCUCGGCGCCCCCGCGGCGGCGCGGCUGCAUCAGCGCUGACGUGAGGCCGACGUGCGGCUCCGCCCGGCCCGAUCCCCCCCACCCCCUGUGACGGGGGCAGCACGUACAGGGCGGCGGGCUGUGAUUGGAUCUUUAUAUUUGGAUGUUGUUAUAAGUCAAGUCACUAUUUGGUCACAGAGAUUGUCAAAACGAAGCAGUGCAGGGUUUGGUAGGAGAGAAAGGGAGCCGAAGAGAUCCAAGCUCUUGUUUUAAAUCUCACACCUUCCAUUAUGACUAAGUGUGCCAAGAAAUAUCGAAAAGGAGCUGUCAGACUGAUGACCAUGGAAAUGGUUGAACAAGAUGACAAUGCAGUGGAUUCUCUGACAGAGAGAAGUGCUGGUCCCCUUCAGAGUCAGCCAGGCCAGAAUCAGAUUUCCUCAGGAUCUGAGGUUUCUGUAGCUGCUUCCAGUGCUGGAAGAGGAUCUCCAGCUGUAACUCUAGUGCAGUUGCCUUCUGGUCAAACUGUUCAUGUCCAGGGUGUCAUUCAAGCCACACAGCCCUCAGUCAUUCAGUCACCACACAUGCAAGCUGUUCAGGUAGCAUCGAUUGCAGAUGAAGCUGCACAAUCAGAAGUGAUAAUUGAUUCUCAAAAGCGUAGGGAAAUACUUUCAAGAAGGCCUUCAUACCGAAAAAUUUUGAAUGAGCUCUCAUCAGAUGCACCUGCAGUAGCGAAGAUUGAAGAAGAAGAGAAGUCAGAAGAUGAAGGAACGCCUUCUGGUAUUUCCGCAAUGGCCAUGCCAACCAGCCUGUAUCAUACUAACACAGGGCAAUACCUUACCAUAUCUCAAGGUGGUACAAUUCAGACUGUGACAAAUUCAGGUGCUCCUCAGCCAGGCGCUACCAUUGUGCAAUAUGCAGCACAGUCAUCUGAUGGCACACAACAGUUUUUUGUUCCUGGAAGCCAAGUUGUUGUUCAAGCUGCCACUGGAGACAUGCCAGCUUACCAGAUUCGAACUCCCACUACUACCUUACCUCAGGGAGUGGUUAUGGCAGCUUCACCAGGGACUUUGCACAGCCCUCAGCAAAUGGCAGAAGAGGCAACACGCAAGAGAGAGCUAAGACUUUUGAAAAAUAGGGAAGCUGCCAGAGAAUGUCGCAGAAAGAAGAAAGAAUAUGUCAAAUGUCUUGAAAAUCGUGUGGCUGUGCUUGAAAACCAAAACAAGACUCUCAUUGAGGAACUCAAGGCCCUCAAAGAUCUUUAUUGUCAUAAAGCAGAAUAACUGUCUUUCAUUUGGACCUCCUUUAUUAUGAACUUUAAUCAAGGCAUGAGAGGAAGCAAUUCUACAGAUUGCCAUAUGAACUUGAGAAAGAGACACUUGAGGCCCUUGUGGAACCCAGUUUUGCUUAGUGUUUUCAGACUGAUUUGGGAGAUAUUCCAAAAUUUGGAAUUCUGUCAUAGUCUCCAUACUCUGCUGAGCUUUCUAAUGGCAUGCAAAUGGCUUUUUUGUUUGCACUUUUUACUUCUGCUUU